AUGGCAAUCAGGGUCGCCAUCCGAGAACAGCUUGCCAUUGUCGUCGUCCUCGCCGUUCUCCUCGGCUUGAUGAUCCUGUCUGUCCCCGUUUGGGUCUUCGUCAACCGCUUCGUCAACAACAUCGAAGGCUCCCAACUCGCAUUGACCGCCUCCCUCAAGGCCUCCAAGAUCUCCGCCGAACUCGAACUCGCCCAGUCCAGCUGCCUCACCAUCUCCUCCCGCCUCCUCAUCCAGCGCUCCCUCUACGGUCUCUACACCGGCAAUGCCGCCGAAGCCGACUGGGAGGCCGCUAGGCUAGACCUCUCCAGCGCCAUCAGCGUCGGUUUCCUCACUGGUGUCUUGCAAGGCAGGAUCUACUCGAGGAAUGUCACCGGCGACCCCAAUGGCCUCGUCAACGUCACCGGUAGCCAUGUCCAACCCAUCAGACUCCCCCACACGCGCCCCGAUGGCCAACCUGCCUACCUGAGCCACUCGCCCGAAGGCUACCCCCCGCAGCUCUAUCCCAACAUCACGUAUAUAGACUUGGGCCGACCCAGUCGGCGCCGGCCUCUCGAGCCGGCCUACGCUGCCGAGGCCUUCCCAGGUGUUAGCGUCUCGGCCAACGGCGGUCUCCUGCUGGGCCCCCUCGUCGUGAACCAGACCUACGCGCUCAUGUCCGUCACCGUCCCCAUCCGGGACCAGUUCAGCAACGAAUGGAUCCUCGGCUACAUCACCAUGGUGUUUUCCGCCGAGUCCCUGUUUGCCGUGCAGGAGUCGCGAGAAGGCCUAGGCGAGACCGGCGUCGUGUUGCUCGUCGGUCCUACGGGUCCCACUAACCGCUUCGAUCCUGCCAACCCUCCCAGCAAUCACACCUACAUCCCCGACAGGCACGUCUUCGGCGAAAACCCCGUCCGUUUCAUUCUGCCCCCUGGUCCUCUCGAGGGCCAAGCCGACAGACACUCCAAACGCAGCUCUAAUCCCGACAGCGACGCCCCCGAUUCCAGUGGUUACAAUGUCCCUUUUCCCGCCAGAGAUUUCCCCGCCGUCCUCAACUCGUUCGCCGACCGGUAUGACACCGUUAAUAACGCCAGCUCCAUGAUCGCCACCCAUAAUGAGCAAGGCGUCUCCGUGGCUGUCGGCUUCGCCAGGACGAGUACCCCUCUGGUGAAUUGGACGGUCAUCGUCGAACAGGCCAAAUCCGAGGUGGACGCCCCGACCGUUACCUUGCGAAACAUCAUCCUGGGCUGCGUGUUCGGGACCGCCGGGCUCGUCAUCGUUUUGGUCUUUCCCCUGGCCCACCUUAGCGUUCUGCCCAUCCGGCGACUCAAAGCUGCUACGGAAAAGACCAUCGCGCCUCCUGGCUAUGACAGUACCUCUGAUGAUGACGAGGACGAACACGAACACGAACACGAGAACGAGAACGAGACGACUGCGGGCUCCGGCGCCAUCUCUUCUCGCUCCCAGAGGUCUCAGAAAGGCAGCUGGGCAGCGGCAGCCGUCUCCAAAAUCUUCCGCUACAGGGCCAAGGAGAGACCGCCCACGGACCACGACCAGGAAUCCGCCCGCCGCACCUUCAAGAUUCCCGGAAAAGUGGACGACCGCAAACAUUUCAUCAUUGACGAGCUCAGCGAGCUGACCCAGUUUUUCAACGGCAUGAGCGACGAGCUGGUCAAGCAAUACACCUCCCUCGACGACAAGGUGGCGGAACGGACGAGGGAGCUGGAAAUCAGCAAGAAAGCCGCCGAAGCUGCCAACGAGAGCAAGACGCUGUUCAUCGCAAACAUCUCGCAUGAGCUCAAAACACCCCUCAACGGCAUUCUCGGCAUGUGCGCCGUUUGCAUGGAGGAGACGGACAUUUCCAGGAUCAAGCAAUCCCUAAAAACGCUCUACAAGUCGGGUGACCUCCUGUUGCAUCUCCUCGAGGACCUUCUGAGCUUCUCGAAGAAUCAAAUUGGACAGCAGCUUGCCCUGGAGGAGAGGGAAUUCAGACUCGCCGAUAUCAGGACCCAGGUGCUCUCCAUCUUCGAUAAGCAAGUCCGCGAAGGCCGCAUCACGUUAUCUGUUAACUUCUCGAGCUCUGAGGCCAUCGAAUCCGACCCUCCUGUCGAGCGCGUCAGCACGGACAAGAAGCUGCCCGCUCUGGGACCCAAUGGUGCAGGCCGGCUCAAGGAUCUGUGUCUCUGGGGCGACCAGCACCGAAUCCUUCAGAUCAUCAUCAACCUCGUGAGCAACAGCCUCAAGUUCACCCCGCCAGGAGGAACCGUAAGCGUUCGCAUCAGGUGCGUCGGGGAGGUCGAGACGACGUCUUCCGGCGGCGACGACAACAGCCGCCCGUCGUCCUUUUCCAGGGACUCGAAACAACUCUCGAGGUCCCGAUACAGGCCCGGCGGGAGCUCCGCCCACUCGUCUAGUUCCAAGGCGGGCUCAACCCUCGGGGCGGCGGCCAAAGGGACGGCCCUCUCCAUCAACCCCAUGGAGCCCAAGUUUGCUCCGCACUUGACCGGGGAAGAGCGCUCGCCGACCCCGCCGCCUCCUGGAGCCAAGUCGUUCAUGUUCGAGUUCGAAGUGGAGGAUACGGGGCCGGGCAUUCCGGAGCAUCUGCAGCAGCGCGUCUUCGAACCUUUCGUCCAGGGCGACCUGGGCUUGAGUAAGAAGUUUGGAGGCACCGGUCUCGGUCUCAGUAUCUGUCACCAGCUGGCGUAUCUCAUGGGUGGCUCCGUGUCUCUAAGAAGUACCGUUGGCGUUGGCUCGGUCUUUACCGUGUACAUUCCCUUACGGUAUGUUCGCGAGAUGACAUCUAGCACAGCAUCGAGUAGCGUCAAAUCGAGACCGGCCAGCGUGGCCACCGUCGAUGGCACCACGGAAAUCGUACAGCGCACUGCGCAGACGCCCAAUACCACCAAGGCGACCAGCGAAACUAAAGUAGCUGGCGUAGCGGGACACCAAGCCACCAGGCUCGUCGGCUUGCGGCAGCCCUACUUCCCGAUGAACCCCACGCCGAGCACGCCGCGAAGCACCCAAGACUCCAUGGCGGCCAUCUCGCGCGCCAUGGCCAACAAAUCCGACUCGGGGAAGCUGCGCGUGCUGGUGGCCGACGACAACGCGACCAACAUCGAGGUGGUGAGCAAGAUGCUCAAGCUCGAAGACAUCUACGACGUGACCAUCGCCAAGGACGGCCAGGAGGCGUUCGACCUGGUCAAGGCCAACAUGGACAACAACAUGCGCUUCGACGUCAUCUUCAUGGACGUCCAGAUGCCCAACCUCGACGGCCUGCAGUCGACCAAGCUGAUCCGCCAAAUGGGCUACAAGGCGCCCAUCGUCGCGCUCACCGCCUUCUCGGAGGAGAGCAACGUCCGCGAGUGCAUGGAGAGCGGCAUGGACGAGUUCCUCAGCAAACCCAUCCGCCGCCCCGCCCUCAAGCAGGUGCUCAUGAAGUUUGCCACCAUCCCCGAGGAGCCCGAAUCGACAAUCAACACUUCGGGAGAAGCCACGUCGGAAGAAGAGGAGAUCCACGACGCCAGGCAAGAACAGGGGGAGCCGAAGCAGACCAAUGGUGUGAAGAACAACAGUGAGGCUGAAGGGAGUUGA